AUAUAAGUCAGUCAAGCAAUGUUUAUAUUUGUUGUAAAUCCUUAUGAUGUUUCUUCCUUUUGGAUCACCAUCAUAAGUUUGCACGUUGCAGGCUAUAAAUUGUUAUGUGAUUCCACCAUCUAAGAAACCUUUCAAAGUCGCUUGAAAUGAUUAGUAUCCUCUGUUCGUGAGAAGUUUAUCCCUUUAGUUUUCUUUAUCAAGUUAGCCAUGGAAACUUCACCACCAGCAUCAGCACUAAACCUCAUCAAAGUGCUCUCUACAUCCAGGCGCAUCAUCAAUAAUCAAUUCCGCCAUUUCACCGCCCUCAGUUUCCUUUUCAUCGUUCCUUUCUCCAUAACUGUCGCUGUGUAUCCCAUUCUGCAAUCUCUCUUACCUGAUGCCAUCUCGGAAAGCUUUCUCUAUCUGACUGGUUUUGGUCCUCAGAAUGCUGAUGAUCAAUUCACCACCUUUCCCACCGAAAACCUUUUCCUUGUACUCACUUAUGUUCUCUUCACUGUAGUCUUCUCUACUUGUGCCAUCACCUCAAUCACCUACUCUGUCAUCCAUGGCUUCUCCAGCCAACCUGUCAAGCUCAAAUCCGCAAUGAAAUCCAUUGCCGCGAACUUCUUCCCUCUCCUAGGCACCAGUCUUCUCGCCCAAACAAUUGUUUUCACAAUUUCUGUUCUUUAUGUGGCAGUCUUUGCUUUGUUGGUUGCUGGAGCUCAGCUGUUGGGGUUUCAGAUUGAUUUCUCAUCGCCUUAUUUUAUCAUACUUGGUUUUGUUAUGGUGAUCCCUCUGUUCUUGUUGGUGGUUUAUCUGCAUGUUAAUUGGUGUCUGCAGUCUGUAGUUGUCGUAGCUGAAAAGAAAUGGGGGUUGGAAUCCUUGAAGCGGAGUGCGAGUUUGAUCAAGGGAAGGGAAUGUCUGGCCUUGUCACUGUCUUUGCUUUUCGCGUUUUGUUACGGUGUUCUGUCCAUAGGUACGAGCUAUUCUCUUCCAGUUACAGAUUUGGAUGGCGGUAAUACUAGUGAUCCUAAUCAUGAGUGGAAGUGUUUCGUGACCCGUUUGGCUGUCCAAGUUUUGUUGUCUUCGGUUUUUCGAAUGCUGGUUCUGUUAUAUGAAAUGGCUGCAAAUGCUGUAUUGUACAUGUACUGCAAAGAGGCUGGUGUGGAUCACAGAGAUGAGGAUUUUGCUGGAGAGUACGUUAGCUUGCCCGUUGUUGACGAUGAGAAUGAUCCACGUUUCGUUUCUGUUGUGCCCUCCAAACUUGACAGUUAUGAGGUUUAGUUUAGCAUCAGUUUUAAAUGCCUACUUUUUUCACGCUUCUGUUGUUUGUUGUGAGAUUUCUACUGUAUAAAUUAUGAAGAUCCUGGUACUUUGUCAAUGUUGCGGAGAUGUAAACUUCUUUUUUCUUUUGUUUCUUUAUUUGGUGCGAAAUAGGAAAACUCUGUUUCAGAAA